AUGGCUCCUCGGGGGAUCCCGUUUGUGGUCUCCUGCCUAAUCGCCAUCUACGGCAAUCAUGCUUUCGCCCCAGGCAUGAACGAGGACUGGGAAGUUGACCCACGACUGAUUAGGCGAGAAGACUUCGAAUUCUGUUCCGGAGUGGCCAAGAGCAGAUCAGCUGGAGCUCCAAAGCCUUUAAGGUGCAUGAAAAAAUUGUCUCGCGUGACGGCUUCGAGUCUCCGAAGCUUUCGCAACGAGUUUAUCCUUGAAAAGAGUUUCCCCUUAACGGGGACUUUUCCCUCGAAAAUGAGGGACUUUCUACGAAGGUCGCAUUGCAGUUCUCACUGGGGUGCUGCGCUCGAGAGAUUCGACCUCUGGAAGGAGAACCAGCUCACCGCCGGUGCGGAGAGGAGCCGCGUCGAAGUCGAGGAUGACGACGAGAGCGGUGCUGACGAUUCCUCUGAUGACGAUUCCUCUGAUGACGAUUCCUCUGAUGACGGUUCCUCUGAUGACGGUUCCUCUGAUAACGGUUCCUCUGGUGACGAUUCUUCCAAUGACAGUUCCUCUGGCGGAAGCGAGCAGUCGUACGCGGCGAGUGACGACUCAGUUGCCAUCUUCAACUCGACGCAAGCUACGGACUUUUACGACGACGACGACUGUUACGGCAACUACUACUAUCGCACCAGAGAUUCACGCGCCAAAGUGCAGAGCUGGUCUCCAGCGCGGCGACGAAAGCGCUCAGAAAGCUUCACAAGCAGCAUGCCUGCCACAAGGCCCAUCCGCAACAAGUCGAGCUCGCUUCGUGCUGCGACCAAAGCCACGAGUCCGAAUAUGAAGACAAAGACCCCAUGGGGAAUGCCAUCGUGGACGAGAGGAUCAGAGAAUUUACAGACAGCUUACGCGAAGAAGUCGGCCGGGGCGAGAUAUACCGGCGUGGCACACCCCGUGAUCCAGGACCCUUCAUAA